AUGGUAAAAGCACUUGCUAAACAUGCUCGUACCUUGGACCCAUUACAUGAUUACAAAGCGAGUUCCAUAACCACUAAGAUUUGUUUGUGUUUUGUACGCCUCAAUGUCGUUUCUAUUUGCUAUACUUUUCCUGAAUGCACACAAAUGCAGUCAAAAGAAUCUGGAAUAGACAGUGCAGAAGAUAGUGAAGAUGGUGUUGCACAAAAUCCUUCAUCUGGUUCUUCAGGUAUUGUAUUUGAACAAGAUAGUGAAGAAGGUGUUGCACGAAGUAUUGCUGUCAGCAGCAUUGAGUCAGCUAGUGCAAAUUCCCAGGAUUGUGAUGGGAGUAUGUCAUUAAACAGUGAGAACCUCUCCUUAGGCAGCGAAUUCUUAUGUAUUGAAAUGGAAUACUGCAGCAAGGGAACCCUGCGUGAUAAAAUUAGGAAAGGGCAGUUAUAUCUUAACAAGGAAAGCAUAUGGAGAUAUGCACUCGAAAUCUUAAGAGCUUUAGAAACUAUUCAUCUCAUGGACAUAUGUCAUCGUGAUCUGAAGCCAGAAAAUAUUUUGAUACAUUCAAAUGGUACAUUAAAACUUGCAGAUUUUGGUUUGGCAAAACAUAAAGCUGGCUUUAGUGUCCGACCUAACCAAGGCUCGUUGUUGAGAGUCCUAUCAGUUGACUCAACAUCUUCUAUGACUGCAGACAUUGGAACAAAUCGAUAUUGUGCACCAGAAUUGCUUGGACAUAAACGUGCAAAGUUUUCCCAUAAAGUGGAUAUUUAUUCGUUUGGAAUCAUUUUAUUUGAAAUGGCGUCUUCGCCUGAUAAAACAGAAAUGGAGAAAACACAGCUGCUAAACGCCCUAAAAAAGGAAAGCAUAUUUCCAGAUGAUUUUGGAUCUCAUUUUAAUCCAGAUGACAAAACAAAUUUGAAGUAUAUCAUAUACAAGUGUCUCCAAAAAAACCCUGAUUUUCGCCCCAAUGCUCAAUUUGUUCUUGGUCAUUUCUCAAAUGCUAAUACUACCUACAGUGAUGCAGAUUUAAAAGGCAUAAUAGAAGACCAAAAAUCGCGGGAGUCGAUUAUGAGGUUUUUGUUUGAAAGAAAAGGGAAUCCUUUGAAUGAAUUGCUACAUGGGGAAGAGUGUGAUUGUUUUCACGGCCAGGGAGCUUCAAAAGAAAAUUUCAUAUCCCACUUGCAGCAAUGUCAUCAGAGACAGUUUAAUGCAAUUCGAAUAAGGGCUUCAACUGCAACCUAUGUCAGAAAUGAAAUACAGCUUGUUUUUAAAAAGUUCGGGGCAACAUUGUUGGACCAUCCAUUAGUAUCACCGUAUCUAGAUGCUACUGGUUCUUUUAACGAAAAGCUGAUGCUUUUGGAUAAUCAUGGACGUCUAUUAAACUUGCCUUGUAGACAAAUUCCAAGCGAGCUAACUAAGUUUUUAUGUCAAACAAGUAUUCAACACACAUUGAGGUUGUGUUCCUUUCAUAGAACAUGCAAUAAUCCGAACCAUCUAUGCACGAACGGCGAGAUGGAAUUUUCAUACUAUGUAUUGACUCCAGAAGUUGCUUAUAUUCUUGAGGCAGAGGUUUUUUGUGUGCUGCACGAUAUUUUACGUGAUUUGAUAAUUCCCCAUGCUAAGUUGAGGAUUGCGAUUAGUCAUUCAAGCAUACUAAAAAUUGUAUUAAAUGCUCUUGAUUUAUCUGAGACUGUCAAGUUAAAACUACAGAAGCUUUUAAAUAAUUUGAAGGAUGGGAAUCGUGUUGAGGAAACUAUAAGAAAGUGUCUGCAAUUAGUAAAUAUUUCACUAGACAAAGUGGACGCUAUCUGUGAAUUUAUGACGCAAAAAGAACACGUGAUACUCAAUUCAGGAAAGAAAUUGCUAAUGGAACGAUUUCUGAACAGUGUGAUGAAAAAAUCUGGUUCUGCUUCGGAUGAAGGCUGGGCUGAUAUAAAAAAACAAUUUGGAAUGUUUCUACAAAAUUUGUCGGAUCUAAAUAUUUCUUUCUCAUUGGAUCUGCAGUGCGUUUUAAUUGGGUCUGUAUCAAAUUUCGAUGGCAUAUGUUUUCAAGUGUUUUUAGAAACCGCUAAAGAAAACGAAUCUCGCAUCGUGGCUACUGGAGGACGUUUUAAUUCAGACAUAUGGAAGCCCAUAUUACCUGGCCCAACUCCAAAUAUCAUCGGUUUUAAAGGAGAUUUAAAUCCUUUUUGUGAAAUUAUCACCAGCAAUCUUCACAAAAUCCCAAAAUCCUUGCACAUAAUUUCAGAUUGUGAUGUUAUUGUGUGGGGAGAUCGUUGCAAUGCUGUACAAGUGCUUAAUAAGCUUUGGAAAAAUAACAUAUCUUCUAAAGCCUAUUCGUAUGACAAGGACAUCAAUAAAAGAGUUAUUAUUGAACAUUGCAAGCAGGAAGGUAUACUGAUUGGCAUUGAAGCUCGAAAAAAAACCAAGUUACAUUUGUUUUACAAGUACCAAACGCAACCGGUUACGAGAGAUGUGUUAAUUGAAGAAACAAAAAAACAUAUUAAACUCAUUAGACGACUUGACAAACGAAUUACCAAGCGCGUGCAAAAGUCUGUUAAAAUAAUCAAGGUCCAUGAAGAUGACGUGACAUUCAUUUCACCUGUCCGGUUAGACCUGACUGAGCAACAAAAGCAUAAAUCAAGAGUUAGACCAUAUCUUGAUAAAUUUCUUGGAGAGGUGCAUGUUUGUAUUGUUGAUCUGGAGGAGGAGGAGUUUAAAUCCAUCAUGAGAAUCAAAUUUAGCGAUAGGUUUAAUGAUAAAGAGUUUCAUGACAGUUUUGUCCAGAAUUUUUUGGAUGACUGUUAUGAGCAUUUGAAGGAUGUGUGCGUUGGAAUUCGUGAUAUAUGUAAAACAGAACGCAGAAGAGUGAGUAUAUUCAAUUCCAAAACUGGCGAUUUUGAAACCAUUCAGGAAUUUUAAGGAAGGCAACACUAUAUUAAGUAAAUACUUCCUGAAAAUAAUCACAUAAUAUUUCUUUAUCUGAACGUUACUAUUUGUAAUCUGCACAUUUCAACGUAGCAAUCAAAUUGUGUAGUUUUUACUUUACACAUUUUUUAUUUAUUUAUUUUGCAGUAUUUUUUUGUUUUGUUUUUUAUUACAAGCUCGUGAGCUUGUAUUAAAACGCAAAUGUGUCCUACAAGAAUGGAAAUUUUUGCCUCUCUGAGCACCGACACGGGAGUAGUCGUGUGUUCGAAUCUCAUCUUGGUAACUAUUUUUACUUUUUUUUUCUUUUUACUAUCUCUCCCGUGAGGACGUGUUUACAGACUGACCUAACGAAAAUUGAAAUUUCGAGAAAUUUUCUAUCAAUAUUAUUGCCUAUCCGAAUAGCAAAAUAUGUCGUGUCUAACUUCAGCUUUUUAUACACUUUUUUGGCGAGGUUGUUUGCGUAUAUCAUACGUCUUGUUUGUUUUUAU